ACCGUACGAGCCCCUUCUCCCGCGGCCCGGCCGCCGCGCUCGCGUCUCUCCUCCCCGGCGCCCGCCACGGUUCAGGUGGAAGCCCGGCCCGACCUGCCGUUUGGCUUAUCCCCGCUCUCAGCCUCACAGUCAGCCCGGAGAAGUGGAAUCUGCCCUGAAACUCUCGGUGGCUGGAGCCGGCAGACUGGGCAUGCUCAGAAGCCAAGGCUGGCUUUGGUCUCAAGUAGGAAGCUUUUGCACUCGGGAGGCAGCAGCGACUUUGGGGAAAGUUGAUCGGAGAGGGGAGGAAGCCCCAAGACGCGGAGCAGCGGCAGGAAGGAGCCCCCGGCAGCCCGGAGGAGCAUGGGCACCCUGCGGGAUUUACAGUACGCGCUCCAGGAGAAGAUCGAGGAGCUGAGGCAGCGGGAUGCUCUCAUCGACGAGCUGGAGCUGGAGUUGGAUCAGAAGGACGAACUGAUCCAGAAGCUGCAGAACGAGCUGGACAAGUACCGUUCGGUGAUCCGGCCGGCCACCCAGCAGGCGCAGAAGCAGAGCGCGAGCACCUUGCAAGGCGAGCCGCGAACCAAGCGGCAGGCGAUCUCCGCUGAGCCCACCGCCUUUGACAUCCAGGAUCUCAGCCAUGUGACCCUGCCCUUCUACCCCAAGAGUCCACAGUCCAAGGAUCUCAUAAAGGAGGCCAUCCUUGACAAUGACUUUAUGAAGAACCUGGAGCUGUCGCAGAUCCAAGAGAUUGUGGAUUGUAUGUACCCAGUGGAGUAUGGCAAAGACAGCUGCAUCAUCAAAGAAGGAGAUGUGGGGUCACUGGUGUAUGUCAUGGAAGGUAUGCUUUUUAACCACGUUCCCCUGACAUUCAGAUAUUCUCUUUCAUCUUAUCAGCCUGCACACAGAUGGCAGUGCAUUACAUGA